AUGUCGAAAUACACCUCACACAGAGAGGAGAACGCCGCAGCAAAUGGCGGCUGUCCUUCAGUAAUUUGUCUUCCAUCGUUACAGGGUGCUGCUCUUGCUGAAUCACCGAGAGGGUGCCCUUCUUCUUCUCGCGUCUGCUGCACGAACAGCAGCAGCAGGAGCAGCAGCAGGAGCAGUAGCAGCAGCAGAAGGCAGAUUGCUUCUUCUACUGAAGAUGCAGAGGAAUUCACGGGUGGCUUCAUGCUGCAUGCAGCAGACGCUCAAACGGGAGAGGCUCUCCUAGAUUGGCAGCAGAUAGAGGCACAAGAAGAUGCAGAGGUUUAUCGCUGUCUUACUAAGGAGGACUUCCACCUGCGUCUCCUCCGCCUGCAGGAGCAAAGCGAUGAGCAGCAGCAGCAGCAGCAGCAGAAUCAGCAGCAGCAGAAGAAGCAGCAGCAGCAGAUGGUGAACAAGGAUAUACAAGAGGAAGAAGAAGAGCAGCAGCCACUACACAGCGACACCGAAGCUGAGACCUGCACCGGCUCACCUCUGGACGGAGUCCCCUCCCAGCACCAGCAGCAACAGCAGCAGCAGCAGCAGCAGCAGGAUGAAGAGGAGGAGGAGGCGCAGCAGGAGCAGCAGCAGGAGAGGUUAGCGCUGCUGCACCGCGUUGGAGACAGGUGCUGUAAGCUAGACGACCCGGGUGCUGUCUCCGUAAUGCCUCUGUUUAAUGUUGUGAGUAAUACAGGGGCCUCCGGGGGGCCCUCAACACCGACUUGUCAGAGCGACCGGCAGCAGCACCAGCAAGAUGAAGAGGAGGAGAAGCAGCACGAGGAAGAGGAGGAAGAAGAAGAUGUAGAUGGAGAUAUAGCACUCCGCUGGGAGUGCCGAGUCGUUACCCCUUGCUUGGGUGUAGGCGUAGAUUGUUUUUCUGCUGAGGGUUGUGGGGUUGUUGUUUGUGGUUCUCCUUAUUCUUUCUUUGAUAAUUGCUGCAAUGUUGAAGUGCCUGCCCCGUAUAUUAUCCGCAGCAGCAGCAGCAGCAGCAGCAGCUACUUGAGCCCCCAGCUCUCUGCAGGCAAAGGCUCCAAGGGUAGUGCUGCUGCUGCUGCUGAGCGCAGCAAGGCCUUUGCUAGAGAGACGCAUAUCGAAGAAGACAUCCUCCUAGACAGCAACAGUGAAGGAGAAACUGAUGCACGGGCUUCUGUAUAA